AUUAUUAUUAUGUAUUCAUUCAUUGCAACUACUCAUGCUGUAGCUCCAGCCUAUAAUGGCUUCGUCUGAGAUUGAGAUUGAGGUUGUUGAGGUGAUCUCAUCGGAAUCCAAACCCCUCACUCCCCCUAACGAAGUCAACAUCUUCGACGUCUUCUCCGCUUCCGCUUAUGGCGAUUUCCUCAAAUUGCGAAUGUUCGUCGAGGAAGAUGCUUCCUCUCUCACUAAGCCCGAUGUCCAUGGCUAUUACGCCCUUCAAUGGGCUGCUCUCAAUAACUUCCCCGAUAUCGCUCAGUACAUCAUUGAGCACGGAGGCGAUGUCAAUGCAGCUGAUAACGUGCAACAGACAGCGUUGCAUUGGGCGGCAGUGCGAGGUGGGGUUGCUGUGGCAGAUGUGCUCUUGCAGAAUGGUGCCCGAGUCGAGGCCUCUGAUAUAAAUGGGUACCGGGCAGUUCACGUUGCUGCCCAAUAUGGACAAACAGCUUUCUUGAAUCAUAUUGUUGCCAAGUAUCAUGCUGAUUUCGAUGCACCAGAUAACGAGGGGAGAAGUCCUCUACAUUGGGCUGCUUAUAAGGGAUUUGCAGAUACUAUCAGAUUACUUUUGUUUAGAGAUGCAUCCCAAGGAAGACAAGAUAAAGAAGGUUGUGCCCCAUUGCAUUGGGCUGCCAUGAGAGGACACGUGGAAGCUUGUACUGUGCUUGUACAUGCAGGCACAAAGCAGGAGUUAACGGUGAAAGAUAAUGGUGGGUUUACUCCAGUUCAGCUGGCAUCUGAUAAAGGUCAUCGGAGUAUCGCUCUUCUACUUUCUAAUGCACAACGUGCUACUAGCAAGAGCUGGAGAGACAAAUUUUUUAGUGGGAAGAUUCUUACUAAUGGGUAUGCUCCUAUUUUAUUGUGUAUCAUAAUUGGUCCCCUGAUUCUCUUCAUGAAUUCAGUUCUUGCAGCUCCUAAUAUGGCGAAAGUUACUGCUGUUGUUGGCCUCUGGGGGUGGACUGCGGUUUCUCUGGCAGUUGGCUCAUUGAUAAUGUUCUAUAGGUGUAGUAGCAAAGAUCCAGGUUAUAUAAAAAGACCAGGGGACUUGGGUUUCUCUGUUGAUACAGAGGAUCCGCUAUUAAAUAUUGAUCUGAACUGUUCUUCCGAAUGGACUGGAAAUUGGUCUCAACUUUGCCCUACCUGCAAGAUAAUUAGACCUGUUCGUGCUAAGCACUGUCCUACAUGUAACCGAUGUGUGGAACAGUUUGACCAUCACUGUCCAUGGAUUUCUAACUGUGUGGGGAAGAGGAACAAACGAGAUUUCUUCAUAUUAAUCUGCAUGGGAACAUCGACAGCAUUGAUUUCUGCCAUAGUUACCAUUCAAAGAAUUUGGACAGCAAUACCAUCAUUGCAAAGCGAAGAGAAAUGGAUUCAUUAUGUGAUAGUUCACUAUCCCGGCGCAGUUGCAUUUUUUACUGUGGAUGUAAUUGUUUGUAUUGUCGUUACAACACUGACCAUAGCGCAGGCUUCUCAGAUAGCUCGAAACAUCACCACGAACGAAUUAGCAAAUGCCAUUCGAUAUGGAUAUCUCCGUGGUCCAGAUGGGAAGUUUCGUAAUCCCUACAACCAUGGAUGCCGGAAAAAUUGUGCAGAUUUUCUCAUCCGGGGCUAUACAGAUGAUGAGAAAAUUGCUUGGCCUCCAUUGCAGCAAGUGGCAAGUUAGAACCGGUCGGUCGAUCAGCCAUGUGCAACCCUGGUUUGCAGGGUGAUAUUUUUUCCUCUUUCCCCUUGAUUGUUUAUGGAUGGGAUGGGAUCAUGAUUCAGCUAACUUACAAGUCAACAUGGAUUCCAUCGGUCAUGUAAAACAUACGAAAUCCUUUGUUCUAUGUACAUACCGUUCGAGGAAGCAAACAAGAAAUAAAAUUAAUUUUGAUUUUAUGUUUUCA